UUUCAUUCAUCCCAUCCUAUCCCAUCACGAUCCUCAGUUCUUGAGCCUGUUCAACGCAUCUUGGGUUUCAUUUGGAACUUCAAUUCUUUGUCUAUAUCCCAUUAGAAACCGUCCAACCUACACUGCAAUCAUGGGCAAGAGGAAAAGCAAGGCGACCAAACCGGCUGGACCCAAAAAGCGAGAACCUCUGGCGGUCAACUUCACAUGCCUGUUCUGUAACCACGAAAAGGCCAUCCAAGUCAAACUCGAUAAGAAAGCCGGCGUUGGCAAUCUCCAUUGCAAAGUAUGUGGUCAAAGAUUCCAGACAGGCAUCAACUACUUGUCUGCCGCCGUGGAUGUCUAUUCGGACUGGAUCGACGCGUGUGAAAACGUGGCGCAAGAGGCAGCGGCCCAAGAAGCAGAAGAUGACAGAAAAUUCAGUGAUUAUGCUACAGCAAGGACAAGUCGACCUGCCGCGGCGGGAGGUGGCGAAGAAGGAGACGAAGAUGGCGCAUACGAUGAAGACUAUUGACAGGCGGCAAUAAUGGUGGUUUGCAGUCUCCCACGAUUCUGAAUGCGCCCUACCAAUAUACAUUCAUGAAUGAUGAGCCUGCACUCUCAUGGCCAUCAAGCCCCCUUGAGAUAUACAGGGUUGGGCAGUUCCGAUCCAUUCACGGAGUCUUCUUCUGCCAUCUCACACGCCUGCACGACGAAGUUUACACCCAACCAUGAGGCAGCCAUGAGGCCACGCCAAAUUGGACCCCUGGCGCGAAAAAAUCUUACCAAUCCUGUGUGAGAAGAGACGCUUCGUUAUGCCCACAGGAUGAACCUGAUUGUCGGCUUUGGCACAAAGUCCAUCCUACCUUUGCAAACGCGGAAUUGAAAUCAGAGUCGACGAUGGGAAGACUUGCGCCCCUUAGCUCACUAGCGUGGAGUUGCCCAUGUUUUCCUGCGACCUACGCCUUGAAGUCCUUUGCCGAUGCAACUUCUUGGAGGCACACAGGGAAGGGUGUACGAUGAUUCUUCCUACGGGCUCCGGGAUUUGGUGAAAAGAAUUGAAACGGCAUGCAGGUAAAACAUUCCACGCGAAUUCCGAGUUAAAAGAUUUUGGGACAGUCAACACAUACCUGUCAUCAUGACAGAAGUGUCAAGGACUCCCGUUGAGGAGGACAUGCUUGGAAAUCACAUGCCCGAAAAUCGUCCACGACUGCUUCGUUUGGGCGCCAUGUGCCAGGAUGUGAUGUCUCGAUUUGAAGGCCAAUUUCUCUGUUACGACACAGAAGUAGACUCUUCAUGCUAGAAGGCUAUUACUGUGGAAACGCACGGCGAGAAAACGGAGAUGAAAGCAUGUGGAUACAUACAAUAGCUACAAGGCUCACUAUUUAAAACCACGAUUCAUGCCGCAGGAGCCCUCAAUAAGACCCUGAAUUCAAUAUGUCUACACUAGAGUCUAGAUGCCUUCAGGUUCAAACAAAG